CCGGAAAGCCCCGGUUCGGCCGGCCUGAGCUGCGGCCCGUGGCCCAUUGUCCGGCGGUCCGUCUGUCCGUAGGCGGGGCCCAGGGACCCGGAGAGCCGCGGAGCGCGGAGGCGCCGGAUACAAAUCACUGGGAUUCAGGCAAAUUAACUUUGCUCCGUGGGAACUGCACCAGAGCUGGAGGUGUGAAGUCUCACUGGGUACCAUCUGCUUGGUUCCCCAUUUGGCCACUAGGAGGAUUGUGAGAUGCAGUGGACACUGGCGAUUUAAAUAUGCAGAUGGUCUGAAAAAGAACUGUGUUUGAUAUGCAGAUAUGAUAGAAGACUGCCUGAAAGCUGCUUCCUUUACCACUUCCUGUGGAGGCCUGUCUUUGCCAUUUGCGGUUUCUUUCUUCUUUUGGUAAGGGAAGGCAGGAUCUGAUUACAGGUCUGAGGUCCUUUCUAGCUACAGAGAGGAGUUAGUUGGCAUAACAGGAGGUGAGUCUUCACUAACUAGAGUGCAAAGUAUAGCUGGUAGUAAGUAGUCUCUCGUAAUUCCUCUUAAGGCAAUAAGCUACAAUUUUAUAUUUGCUUAUUCAGUGCAAGUACAAUUUGAGAAGGCAGGAACUGGAAGAAAAGGUAGAGGAUGACCAGAUCCAUGUUCUUGUUUUUAGUAGGAAAGAGAAAAAUCUUUCUUUUUAAUCUUUAUCUGUUUAUUGCCUCUAUCCUUCAAAGAAAAUUCAUAGCUUCCAUUACUAAUCCAUUUCAGACUCUCUAAUACCACCUAAUGCUGGGAAAAUCUUUCCUAUAACUAACCAGGUACCUCCAGGCUGAAGUAUCUCUUCCCUCCUAUUUCAUGGAAGCAGGUGCAUGUCUCUGCAGCACUUCUCAUCUGGGGACCUUUUCUCUUUAUUCUUCCUACAUAGAGGCUGGAUUGAGAAGAGGCACUAAAGUUAUUAACUUUGACCACUGCUCAGAAACAUGUGAGCAGGUUCAGGCUGAUGUUUCACAUUGGGGUGUUGAAUAAGUACUCAACAAUGUGGACAGCACUUGGCUCUUCUGGUGAAAGUGCAUCUUCAGCAUUGCAAGUCUGAUUUGCUUUAGUGCCCUGUCAUCCUCAGUGCCUAGCACUGUGUCCGCAUCACUAGACAGAGGCUCUUUUUCUCAUGUUUUCAUUUACAGAGCCUAAGAGUUUUGAGAUGUUUCCUGUCCCACAAGGAUAUGAUGCCUUUGUCACCUCCGGGAGAGAUAACUUGAAAAAAACAUCUGGAGGCUCCCAUUGGUGCAGAUUGCAGGGCUUGAUUUCAGAGGGCAUGUGACAUGUUAGCACCUUGCAAGGAGAUAGUAACAUCCAGUCCUGAAACUGGGAAAGACCAGAGCUCUUGGAUCAGAGAAACAUGUCCCGUCGGAAACAGACAAAUCCAAAUAAAGUUCACUGGGAUCAAGUAUUUGCUGGGCUAGAAGAGCAAGCCCGCCAGGCGAUGAUGAAAACUGAUUUUCCUGGAGACCUUGGCAGUCAGCGACAAGCUAUCCAACAACUAAGAGAUCAGGACUCCAGUAGCAGUGACAGUGAGGGUGAUGAAGAGGAGACCACACAAGAUGAAGUUUCUUCCCACACAUCAGAGGAAGAUGGAGGGGUGGUCAAAGUGGAAAAAGAGUUAGAAAAUGCAGAACAGCCUGUUGGUGGGAACAAAGUGGUAGAGCAUGAGGUCACAGAGAAUUUGAAUUCUGACCCCUUACUUGGGCUCUGCCAGUGUCCCCUCUGCCAGCUAGACUGUGGGAGUCGGGAGCAGCUGAUUGCGCACGUAUACCAGCACACUGCAGCAGUGGUCAGCGCCAAGAGCUAUAUGUGUCCUGUCUGUGGCCGGGCCCUUAGCUCCCCAGGGUCAUUGGGUCGCCACCUCUUAAUCCACUCGGAGGACCAGCGGUCUAACUGUGCUGUGUGUGGAGCCCGCUUCACCAGCCAUGCCACAUUUAACAGCGAGAAGCUUCCCGAAGUCCUUAAUAUGGAAUCCCUGCCCCCAGCCCACAGUGAGGGCCCCUCCAGUGCCGAGGGGAAGGACAUUGCCUUUAGUCCUCCAGUGUACCCUGCUGGAAUUCUGCUUGUGUGCAACAACUGUGCUGCCUACCGGAAGCUGCUAGAAGCGCAGACCCCCAGUGUACGCAAGUGGGCCCUGCGUCGACAGAACGAGCCUUUGGAAGUCCGGCUGCAGCGGCUGGAACGAGAGCGCACAGCGAAGAAGAGCCGGCGGGACAAUGAGACCCCCGAGGAGCGGGAGGUAAGGCGCAUGAGGGACCGGGAAGCCAAGCGCCUACAGCGCAUGCAGGAGACGGAUGAGCAGCGGGCACGCCGGCUGCAGCGAGAUCGGGAGGCCAUGAGACUGAAGCGCGCCAAUGAAACCCCGGAGAAGCGGCAGGCCCGGCUCAUCCGGGAGCGGGAGGCCAAGCGGCUCAAGAGGAGGCUGGAGAAAAUGGACAUGAUGUUGCGAGCUCAGUUUGGCCAGGACCCUUCUGCCAUGGCAGCCUUAGCAGCUGAGAUGAACUUUUUCCAGCUACCUGUGAGUGGGGUGGAGUUGGACAGCCAGCUUCUGGGAAAGAUGGCCUUUGAAGAGCAAAACAACAGCUCUCUGCACUGAACCGUACCCUCCUGCCUGCCUCCCCAGCCACCCCAGCCCACAGGGAUUCAUGCUCCAGCCUCCCACAGGGCUCCGUCCUUGCUGCCGGAGGCAGGCUUGAGUGUGUUGCAGGUGGACCUGUGUACCCCUUGCAUGUGGGAGCAGGAUGAUGGGGUCAGGAGGGACCUGGCUCAAGGCAGCUAUGGGCGAGGGAGCAGGCACUCCAGAGAGCCGGACUCCCCGCCCUCUGCUGCAGGGCAUGCACGUAGGACUGGAGCCCCCUGCGCAGCCUCCCAGUCGAGGGCAAAUAAAUUAAUUUUAUCUUUUCUGGC